UGGUAUGUCUGUGCAAAUUCAUCCUUGUUUGCAACUUCUCUAAUCCAUCCUUGUGAGGGAUAUUACUAUACAGGGAUACUUACAGUAGAAAACUUCCUUCUGAUUUUGAGGUCACAAAUAAUGGAAGCAAACCCUGUAAUAAAAAACGCUGCAAACUGUGCAACCAAAUCAAUCCAUCAAAAAGUGUCAGACACUCAAAGGGGAUCUUCAAUAUCUCCGGAUCAUACAGCUGCACCUCCAGUAAUGUUGUGUACCUUAUCCAGUGCAGAAAGUGUAGCAAAGGAUCUUAUGUUGGCGAAACAGGACAGA